UUCCGUUCACACUGCUCUCUGCCUGAAUCUUUACUCUCAUUCUCUAGACUGGCGCCACCGCAUCUUUCAGCGAUUUGAGAUCGACUUACUGCUGCUUCUCCAGGCAUGGCGAAUCCCAUGGAGGUUUUGCACGUGAUGACGCCCGCAGAAUGGGGUAAGCCAAUUGACGUCGAUGAAAAGUGGAUUCAUUUCGUGGACGAGAAUGUCAAAGCGAAACUCCCGCGAGACACGGUCGUUGAGGACAUCCGUCCUCAUGGAGCUAGCUAUUGGACGAGGACUGCUGAGAUCUCGACUCACAUGGCUGAUGGUACCCCGCGCUCCUAUUUUCUUAAAGUAUCUCAAGGCAACAAUGGGAAAGGCAUGGUUACCGGAGAGUUCGCCUCCAUGACAGCUCUGCAUAAAACUUUACCCAAGUUUGUACCCGAGCCCAUUGGGACUGGCACGUAUGCAUCUGCUCCAGACAUCCACUUCUUUUGCUGCGAGCUCAUCAACAUGACGGAUGAAAUUCCUGAAAUCCAAGCUUUUACCUCGACACUAGCAGAGCUACACACGAAAGGACUUAACCCAGAUAACAGGUACGGAUUCCAUGUGCCCACUUACAAGGGUACUAUCCCUCAGUACACUGCCUGGCAUGACACCUGGGAAGAAUCAUAUUACCAUUCCAUGAAGUGGUUCAUGCAAGCUGAAGAGAAAUCCCAAGGCGUUGAUGAGGAAAUGCAAGAGCUGUGUCAGGGCAUUCUUGACAAGGUCAUCCCACGAUUGCUUCGACCACUCGAGACCGGCGGCCGCCGGAUACAGCCUCGCCUCAUUCACGGCGACAUUUGGGCCGGCAAUACAUCCUGGAAUAUUGACACUAACAUGCCAGUCAUCUACGAUGCAGCUGCUCUGUAUGCUCACAAUGAAUACACAGUGGAGAUGGCUGCGUGGCGACCGAUACGCCAUCUGAUUGGGAGACAAUACAUGAAAGCGUACUUCCACUACUUCCCGGUCUCUGCCCCUGAGGAAGACCAAGAUGAUCGCAAUAUGCUUUACUACCUUCGGUGGGACCUCAAAAGCUCGGCCUUGUUCUCUGGUAAUCUGAGGUACCGAAACAUGGCCAAAGAGACAAUGAAGACUUUAAUUGCGAAGUUUCCAGGAGGCUAUGAAGAAUGGGCAAGGGAGAAAGGAGAACAGCCCGUCCACCGCGUCAUGCCACCCACAACUAUAGGCCUGGAAUUGAAAGAGAGACCGAUAUGAGAGUAGUACCGACUGAUCUUUCAGCGAUGACAACUCGCAGCCCACAGAAGCUGAGAAACAGGGCAACCCCAAAGGGUUACUGAUCAUGACUUCGAACUGCGUCUCCCAAGAGACUUGAUAUGUUGCAACCCCACGCACGUACCUGUUAGGGUGCUGCCCAUGAGCUUAUUUCAACACAAGCCAAAACUUGAACGAGGAAAAAAAAAAGAUUUCUUAUUCGUGUCAUUUCCAUAUCGGGGAUGGCGCUACUCCCAACGCAAUGGACAGGUUCGGCUGGCAUCGUUUUACAGCAGUACAUCGUUCGUCAGAUGAAGUCAAUGUACGUGAAAUUACGUGCAAAGUUUUCGUACAUAGAAUAUAAAGCUGUUCUCCACUUCCACUUUGAGCUAGCU